AGUGAAUCAGUCUGAAUGAUUUUUUUUUUUUUUUAUUAUUUCUCUCACGCAGUUUCUCUUUUACUUAACAGGUCCCAAUUACUAUCCACAUCUGAAGAUGAGACUACAGAUCAUACAGAGUCUGAUGCCCACUGGCCGUCCACAAGGAAAAAAGACGGCUUGGUACACAGCAAGAACCAUUCGAACACAGAGACGGUCAAAGAUCACCACCGGUCAAAACACAGUGGAGAAGAGAAAGAUGAGCGGAUGAAUUCAGAGAAGACUUUUAAAAAUCCUUCAGUCCAGGGUGUGAAUUAUGAAGCCUGGAAUCCCAACAGAGAAAACUCUGAAUGCAGACAGCAAGACUUGGCCAGAAGGUCAGAGAGUGAAGAUGAGGCGCAAGGUACGCUGAAGAAGAUCCAGAAACUAGUGGGAGGGAAAAAGGGAGGUCAAAGUGCCACAGAGGAGUCAAGAAAGAACACAGAACCCGGUGAAUCCAAUGGAAAGGGCCACAGUCCUGUUAUAACGUGCAUCAAUCUGACCAAAAAAGCUGAGAAGAAGCACACAAGAGCAUCCACACAGCAAUCCCAGCAGCCCCUGCAGGAUAAAGACAUUGAUAGAGCAGAAACAGAGGCUUCUUGGAGUCCAGGACUCUUUCAGGAGUACUGGAGCCCCAUGGCGUAUUCUCCAGCGUGGGACACGUCCACACACACCUGCCACAGGUCAACAGCCGAACAGGUCAUGUACAACUUCAACUUCACCCUCCCCAGAGACACGGACUGGGAGAAAUACGAAGAGCUCUUCCACCGACUGGACCCCUACAAACGAGAGCAGCAAGACAGGUGGAUCACCCACUCCGUCACGGACCUGGACGCUCCGGACCCUCUGCGUUCCACCAGUUUUGGGAUUUUCGACAGACAGCAGCCCACCCAGGUCAAAACAGAAGAGAAUGUAGAAAAUCCGCCUGUGGAAGCUGCUGAGGUGGAUCCCAGUAAAUCAGGAGGUCUCGGGAAGAAGAUGAAGAACAUCUCAUUGACCAUGCGUAGAAAGAUGGGCAGGAAAUACACUAAAGCCCUGUCAGAGGAAAUGGCCGAGGAUAAAGAAGCUGCGGUGUCUGAAGUCGUGGACGGCACGUUGGCCAAAGGCUGCAACCACUCCAGUAACUCCGUAGAGAGUUUGUUCAGCUUGCACAGCGGCCAGAGUUCAUCUAGUGGUGUGACCAGCGGCUCUGAGGGUUGUAAUAACCGGGACAGCCUUCGUUUAGAAGAAGAUGUGCCCUACACGGGCCAGUUCUGUGGAAGAGCCAAAGUUCACACCGACUUCGUUCCCAGUCCAUAUGACACAGAGUCUCUCAAACUCAAGGUGGGAGAUAUGAUUGAUAUCAUCAGCAAACCUCCAAUGGGAAUCUGGACUGGGAUGUUGAACGGUAAAAUAGGAAGCUUUAAGUUCAUCUACGUUGACGUGCUGGUGGAAGAAAGAGCGCCAGAACCGAGGAUUCGUUCUCACCGGAGGAGCAGAAGACCCCGACCCAAAAAUCUUCUGGAACUUCUGGAAAGACUCAAUUUGGAGGAGCACAUUUCAUCUUUGAUGUUGAAUGGGUAUCAGACGGUGGAAGAUCUUCGGGAUUUGAAGGAGCAGCAUCUCGUAGAGCUCAAUGUGACUGAUCCUGAACACCGACACCGGCUGCUGUUGGCGGCAGAAUACCUGCAGGACCCUGAAUAUAAUCAAAGCCACAGAGAGAAAGAUGAAGAGCCCAAAUCUCCCACUGUAGAAGUCCAAGCCGAACUAAACGACUGUCCAAGAGACUCGGGCUGUUAUAUAGGAUCUGACUGUUCAGACAACAGUAAAGAGGACACAGAGACCCAGCCGGCCCCUCUCAGCCCACCUGCAAACCAAGCAUAACCACAGCCCUGCAUAAUGCUGUUCAACUGGCCUCGCCUGCCUCUGGUGGGUGCAAGGAUUAUUACCCGCCAGCCACAACCUACUGUAUAUUUGACUGUGUAAAGCAGCCUUUGUGUUUCAAAGCUGUUGCAUUAAGGUGUCUCUGACGACACUGGCAGGGGCGUAGCACCACAUUUUGGACCCUGGGUAAAAAACCAUCUUGCUGGGCCCCCAAAUCAUACAGGUUUGGAACAACUUGAGGGAGAGUAAAUGACAGAAUUUUAAUUUUUGGGUGAACUAUUCCUUUAAAGUUUAAAUGUGUACAAUAACAAUGUACCCAUUUUGCUUAUUUCUUCUCAACACUUCAUUACUAAGUGUUAAAACAGGCAAUUCCGCUAAAAGCUCACCUUGUCUCACGGUCACUGCUUUCACCUGGCCAUGAUGAGGGGCCUGCUGCUGCAGGGUCUGAAACUGAAAUAUAUGGCUUCAAAUGGUUGCUAAAAUAUCCUUUGUCGUCACAAUACACCUUUUUUAAAGUGUAGGCUAAGUACAAGUUAAUUGCUGAUUAUUUGUCUGUUUAAAAUAAAUGCAGACUAUAGAAUCAUAGGGCACACUAACCGCCAAACUAGACAUUCAGCCUUUCAAUUACGUUUUUAAAUAAGUCAUUUUCAAUCAUUAAGAUGGGCAUUAAACUGAGAACAAUCUUGUACUUAAUGUAAGAACGUGCGCGAGCUAAUUUGCAUAACAAUGUGGUAAAAUUGGCGCUAACGAUCUGUGUUUUCGCGGGUGUUAGAUUUUGUAAACUUCUGACUCUGGGGAGAACUCCUCCAAGAGUAGAUAUUUAUGUUAAAACAACGUCAAUGCUCGAUGAUGCAUUCGGAGCUCACCUUUCUUUUUAAAAAACUGAGUAAGCAACUGCUUGCCCUCAUUUGCCUUUCUCUCUUUAAUCUUCUUUUCGUUUUGAGCCCCUGAUUGUCCUUUCUUAAGGAAAGACAUGACUGCCCCUGUCUUCGUAGUUCAUAUCACGGCUAACUCAGCUCCUGUCUCAUCUCAUUAACUGAUUCACCGCAGUUCUGUUGAAGAAGCACCUGAACAGCGGGUCGUACCAUUUACAUUGAUGCGAGAGGGGUGGUGGGGCCCUGCACAGCAUGAAAAUGACUUUUUUUUUUUUUAUACCAAACCAGUGCCUAACUACAAGUUUAGGUUUGCACAGGAACUUUUUUAUUUGUACAAAAAUGCUAUACAAAUGUUAGUGCAUGUAUAUGUAUGUAUAGCAAACUGACUUCUAAACCUCCACCCCUCCUGCCUCGGUACCCUUUACCCCCCACAGUCCGACGCCCCUGGACACUGGAUUAUCACAUCAUGGACACUGAUAGAUAUUAAAGAUGACAUGUAAAUAUACUGUAAAUAUGUUGAAAGUGGUGAAGCUUUGCUCUUGUAAACCGUAUAAACUUUGCCUUGCAGAUACUAGACGAAACAACAAACUGUUGAGAUUACAAAUGCAUUAUUUUCAUGCAAUAAAAAGAUAUCUUUGUAUCAUA